UCAGCAAUGGCUUGGGGAAGAAGGUCUUCGAAAAUACUAGCCCUGGAUCAAAUGUCACGAGCUGGUUAUGCCAAUGUGUGCAGUAUUCGAUGGACAGAUUGUAUUGCAGAACGGCUACUCCGAUACGAACUCUAAAACCAGGUAUACUCGUUUGUUUUCAAGGAGAGAGGUUUUCACAACAUUUGCCUACGACUGCGCGUAAUGAGCAUUCCCCUGGCAGGAGUCACAGCAACUAAAUAUCCAGAGUGAAGGGAUCGCGUGGUCACCCGUCGAAACGCUCACCUCCUUUGGUCUGAAUAUGAUUGACGUCACCUCCAUCACUGAUGAUACUCCAGGAUUUUUGGCAUUGCAACUUGAGUCCAGUGGCGUGCCGGAUGUGUCACGCCCUGCUCAGCAGUAUGCGCGAGUGCCGCAGCGAGAGUUGGACGAUGAACAGAGAUUCAUGGAAUGCAUCCGUAAACAUUGUGUUCUGUACGACAGAACUUGUCCCGAACACCGAGAUUGUAGUUCUCGGAACAAAGCCUGGACGGUAGUGUGCAUGGAAACUGGUCAGCCACUCAAUCACGUUAAAAAAAGGUAUAAUACUGUGCGGACCCGCCUUUCCAGGUACGUGAAAGCGGUGUCUAACGGUUUGGGAGAAGGGUGGAUGGGCAGCCUGACUAUGCCCAGGGAGCUUGAGCAUCUGCAUUGGCUUGUUGUUCACAUUCGUCAACGAAAGAGUACUUUGCGUGCUGAGAGAAAGUCUGACAGUCACAAGUGCGCUGCAAGCGCAAGUGAAGAUGAUGUGGACUAUGGGGAUGUAUUCCCGUCGGCUUUUUCCGAUGAAGCACCACUGCAGACUUCGCUCACAUCGCCAUCUUCAUCGUCAUCUUCAUCCACGUUAUCGUCUCCGACAUGGACUAAUCCGCAGCCAGGUAUUGGCAACUUGAUUGCUGGUGGUACGAAAGGGACAAUCGUGACCAAAAGAAUGCGACAUCCACAACAACAGUCUACGGUGCCGGCCUCAACAGCUGAUGUGACCUCCAAGAGGCCACAUGCGUCCUCCAAGCCGUCAGUUGUGCCGCUUGAUCCUAAAACUGCUGCUGGGUGGUGUGAUAUGGAUGACGAGGACGGCUUAUUCUGUUUAAGCAUGGUGAGUCAUCUUAAAAAUCUACCGCCGGCUCAACGUUCAUGGGCACGUAUAAAGUUGCAGAGUGUCCUUCACGACGCAGAGUUUGGUAGUGCCGUGGAGCCUCGGUUCGCUGUACAGACUGCUACAUUACAGUCUCAUCCAGUAUCCCCUGGCCUGACCAACAGCUCUUUAACUAACCCUGCCAUAGAAACAAACAUCCGACCAAGCGUCUUGCCAGUGUCUAACCCGCAACAAGCUAACCACAUGCGUGUCGGUUCUCAAAACACCUGGACAGGUGUCAGUGGAGUUGUAAUCCUGAGAGGAUAACUUGGUAGAUCCUUUAGGAACGAUAAUAUCACUUUGAGGACUACCACUUAUAUAUUAUAUAAUAUAUGGCUUGUAUUUCACAAAUUGGCUAGCAGUUGUGCUAGUAUCAAUAGUGGCAUUAGCCGGAAUGUACAGAUGACUGCAGAACAUUCUGCAUACCGCUUUUAUCCUGGCAAACAAAUAGAAUUACCCUAGGCAAUAUUGCUAGUAUUUAGGAAAGCUAGUUCGAUGCAUGUUCAUGUAUUUUUUAUCGUUCCUCUUAUUUGAACCGUCAUAACAUGUCGCUUCAGCUGAUUCAGUUCAUUUUCAUCUUAAAAUUUAGGACUUUGUUCUCUUUUUUCAUGGUCUCAACAAUCACUCCUGAUUAUAAGUUAUAAAUUAUGUUGUCGCAUUGUCUGUACUGAGUCUAUAUUGUCCACAUCUCUACUCAGAUGCCCUCUGCCAUUCUCUGCCAUCCAUUGCUUUUCCUAGCUUUUCAUUGUGUUUUGCUAAUCACUCUUCAGUGUCUCAAUUCCGAAUACCGGUAUGCCUUUAAACUACAUAGACGUGCCAGCGAUAAUCCUAAGCUUAGCUCU